AUGCCACUGACCACGCCGCCUAGAAGAGACAUGCCACUGACCGCGCCGCCUAGGAGAGACAUGCCACUGACCGCGCCGCCUAGGAGAGACAUGCCACUGACCGCGCCGCCUAGGAGAGACAUGCCACUGACCGCGCCGCCUAGGAGAGACAUGCCACUGACCGCGCCGCCUAGGAGAGACAUGCCACUGACCGCGCCGCCUAGGAGAGACAUGCCACUGACCGCGCCGCCUAGGAGAGACAUGCCACUGACCGCGCCGCCUAGGAGAGACAUGCCACAGACCGCGCCGCCUAGGAGAGACAUGCCACAGACCGCGCCGCCUAGGAGAGACAUGCCACUGACCGCGCCGCCUAGGAGAGACAUGCCACAGACCGCGCCGCCUAGGAGAGACAUGCCACUGACCGCGCCGCCUAGGAGAGACAUGCCACUGACCGCGCCGCCUAGGAGAGACAUGCCACUGACCGCGCCGCCUAGGAGAGACAUGCCACUGACCGCGCCGCCUAGGAGAGACAUGCCACAGACCGCGCCGCCUAGGAGACAUGCCACUGACCGCGCCGCCUAG